AUGGAAAAACAUAUCAACCUUGAGAUUGAUGCCCAGGAAACUUGCCUCACCUCAUCUUCCACUGCCACCUCCGCCACCACUUCUUCCUCCUCCACCUCCUUUUCUUCUAUCACCGUUUCAUACAUUGAUCAAAGCUCAAAAAAAGAAGAGAAUUCUAUUGCUACGAAAGGAUCAAGAAAAGCUCAAAAAUUACAAAGCGGUGACGAGGGUAAUAAAAGACGGAAGACUAGUACCGAUAAUGAGAAUAAUGGGAAGCAUCCAACAUAUAGAGGAGUAAGAAUGAGAAGUUGGGGCAAAUGGGUGUCUGAAAUCAGAGAGCCAAGGAAGAAGUCAAGAAUAUGGCUUGGAACAUACCCUACAGCCGAAAUGGCAGCUCGAGCCCAUGAUGUAGCCGCCUUAGCCAUCAAAGGUGGCUCAGCUUACCUCAAUUUCCCUGAAUUUGCAGAUGAACUUCCUCGUCCACUCAGCAAGUCCCCUAAGGACAUUCAAGCUGCAGCUUCCAAGGCAGCCGCUGCGUCGUACCCCGAGACAAGACACUGUGACGCUGAAGGUGAAGGUGAAGCCGAACUGAGCCAAGUCGAGCCUAACCUUUCGAAUUUAUCAGAUAAUUUGACCAUGGACAAUAUACGAGAAUCAAGCAGUUCUCCUUCAACUGAUUUUGAUGACACAUUGUUUGACCUUCCUGAUCUCUUCGCCGACGGCGUUAAUCAUAUUGAUGGAUUUUGCUAUUAUUCUCCACCAUGGCAAUUAUGUUCAGCUGAUACUGGCUUCCGGCUUGAAGAGCCAUUUUUAUGGGAGUAG